AUGCAUUUUUUGCACGAUGUGCUAUCUUCGAAGAAAGUUUUGUUUGGGAGUUUCUCAGACAAACUUACUAAGGAGGACAAAGUGAAAGCAUGGAAGACCAUCCAUGAGAAAGCCUUAUCGCUAGGACUUGUGUCAGCUAACAAGGAUUUUAGCUACACCAGAGAUGUAUAUUGGCAAAAAAUACACCGUGGUAAAAAAAAAUUGACAACCGCAAAAAAACUGGCAGCGAAGGUGGGCGAACUGCGAGUAAAGAAACUUAAACUCUCGUUGGAGAUUAUGAAAAAAGAAUCCUACUUAAAAAGCCUGGAAAUAUUCAAACAAGAAAAGGAGUUAGGGUUGCCUCCCUUACAUUUCACCGCCAUAUGCCAUGCUGCGCAACAAGAAAUACUCGUGCAAGCAGAUACUGAAGUUGAAGGUUUUGAUAUUGGCAUUUGA